UGAGGUGUGGCUCCAUCAACAAAAGGAAGCAGAGCCAGCUGAGGGUUGUUUUUUUGGAACUGCGCUUCAGCACACGGGUUUGGAUCUACAAAUUUAAAAUGUGGGGGCAAAAUUCAGGAAACCAGUAUCCCACUGGCUUUAAUCCUCAGCCAGGAUACCCACAGUAUCCGCCCCAGCCCUGCCCUCCUCAGCCGUACCCUCCUCAGCCCUGCGCACCCCAGCCCUGUGCUCCUCAGCCCUGUCCACCUGCAUAUCCUUCACAUGGAGGACAUAGUCAUGGACCAGUGACUGGUUGUGGGGAUGGACAUGGUCAUAGUCAUGGUCAUGAUCACCAUGGGCAUGAUCAUGGUCACAGCCAUGGCCACAAUCAUGGGCAUAGUUGUGGUUAUGGUUGUGAUUAUGGAUGUAAUCAUGGGCACGGGUAUGCGCUUCCUGGGCGUGGUUUUGGGCGUGGUUUUGGGCGUGGGCGUGGGCGUGGACAUCAUGGACAUGGGCAUGGGCAUGGAAAUGGACAUGGGCAUGGACAUGGACAUGGGCACGGACAUGGACACGGACACGGACAUGGACGUGGGCACAGGCACAGGCACGGUCACAUGCAUGGUCACUGCCACAAGAAAGGCAAGAAGUGUCACGGGUCCUCCAGCAGCUCCUGCAGCAGCGACUCAGACUAGAAGAAGACUUCUUGAUUGGAGGACAAACAACAUGUUUCGACCGGAGUCCUUCCUCCUGUAAAAUAAUCAGUUCAUCUAAACUACUUGAGUUUUAUUGUGUUUGUUUGUUUGCUUUCUUUUACAAAUGCAGGGCCGUAAAAGACGACAGUGAAUGUUUUUUAUAGUCAGAUUAAGCCGUCAUUAACUUUACGGCCUUGUAUACAUUUACGCCAAUAAAACAGAAUAAACAUGUUACUGGAUACCUGCA